GAUCGCUGAAUUUAUUGCCGGAGAUUCCUUUAAUCGCCAGAUUCUCGCCGAGGGAGAUCGAUCUAGAUAAUGAAUCCUGAAUAUGACUAUCUGUUCAAGCUUCUGCUUAUCGGUGAUUCUGGGGUUGGAAAAUCAUGCUUGCUUCUAAGAUUUGCUGAUGAUUCUUACCUGGAUAGCUACAUAAGCACCAUUGGUGUUGACUUUAAAAUCCGCACAGUCGAACAGGACGGAAAGACCAUCAAACUCCAGAUCUGGGACACAGCAGGCCAAGAACGUUUCAGGACAAUUACUAGCAGCUACUACAGAGGAGCUCAUGGAAUCAUUGUCACUUAUGAUGUCACGGACCUAGAGAGCUUCAACAACGUCAAACAAUGGCUGAAUGAAAUCGACCGUUACGCUAGCGAAAAUGUGAACAAGCUACUGGUUGGGAACAAGAACGAUCUCACAUCACAGAAAGUUGUAUCCACUGAGACAGCUAAGGCUUUUGCAGAUGAACUUGGGAUCCCAUUCUUGGAAACCAGUGCCAAAAAUGCAACCAAUGUGGAAGAAGCUUUCAUGGCUAUGACUGCUGCAAUUAAGACAAGAAUGGCUAGCCAGCCAGCUGGAGGUGCCAAGCCACCAACGGUCCAGAUUCGUGGACAGCCAGUGAACCAGCAAUCAGGCUGUUGCUCUUCUUGAUUCGAUUAGUCACCAAUUCUCAUUCGAUCGUCACACCAUUAUAAUCAUUUGUUUGCAUUGCAUGUAAGACUUCUCCAAAUUAACAACUCUUUGGAUACCCUUUGCUUGUUUUUCAUUUGUUUUCGUUUGAUCCAAUUCUUUUCUGAUGUACUUUUGAAGUUUGAAACGUAUAACUUCAUCUAUAUAUAUAUAGUAAAAGGCCUUUACUGCAUAUAAAGCAGGGCACUCUCU